CCGUCAUUGUGUUUUUAUAUUUUGUAUUCACUCUCACUACCCAUUUACGGAUUUCAUGCAUGCUUUGAUAAUUCAUUUGCAUGUUAUUUGUUUGAAAAAAAAAAAUAGAAAGACAGCAUCAUUUUAAAUAUGGUUUAACAGGUCGAGAUGCACAUUUCAGUUGACAUGAGAACUUUCUCGAUUUUCUGAACUGGUGAGACCUGUACGCUAUGUCAGCGGAGAUUAGGCUCAAUGUUGUGCGUUUUGUUUACCCUGCCAGGCUGAUGAAUGGAACGCCGUUGCCUGAAGGCUUGCCCAUCGUGCAAGGAGAUAAGACCUAAUAUUUUCCUCAGAAAAUAGAUGCUCUUAUUGAUGCAAAUGGAUUGUUUCAAUGUGACAAUACUCACGAUGUGUUUAUGCCCUGGAAUAUAUGACAUCAUUCCUUCUCAGUCACUGUCUCCAUCACCUUGGAAUGUUUCAAGUGGAAACCAUCUGCAGUGUUAGGCGGGAGACACCUUGUUAUAGGACACUGGGACACACAGUGCAUCUACAACUGACAACGAGCACCAGCGGAUACGCAUUAAAUUUAGAUCACAAUGACCAAAGGAUUUUCAGAUUCAGAAAAUCCCAGGUUACAUUUCUCAAGGACAGCGUCAAGGAUAGAUGGCAGUUCAGUCCUGAGAAUGGGACUCUGAGAAUAGGCCCAGCUGAGAGAAAUGACUCUGGACUCUACAAAGCAGAGAGCUUUGAUCAGUCAACAGGGAAGAGCAUUGGGGGGUCAACAGUCCAACUAACAAUCGAAGCUCCUGUGGACAAGCCUGUGCUUACCCAGCACUGCAGCGAUUGGAUCAGGGCUGUGAACUGCUCCUCCAAUGGGGACAGUCCUCAGUACAUCUGGUCCCUGAACGGGAGGCCUCUGAGUGAAGCUGAUGCUGAUCUCAGAGCAGAUAACCAGACUCUGCGGCUGAGUCGGAAUGUGACUGGAGAACUCACCUGCAGCGUCUCAAACCACGUCAGCAGCAACAAGAACUCAGUGCUGCUGCAUCCCUGCCACGACACCCAAACUGUGGCCACGACUCACAGGACUGAUUCCGUGACAAACACCACCACCCCUUCUCGCAGUGUUGCUGAUGUCAUCAUAGUGGACGUGGAGGAGCAUUGGUGGAUUUACUAUGUCAUCAUACCCGUGUCUUUGGGGCUUCUGAUUAGUCUGGCCGUGACUAUAUGCGUGUGCAGAAAGAAGAAGACUCAUAGAACAGUUAACGGCACAAACAUGUGGUCCUCAAAUCAGACAGAAGACAAUUAAGAGAGAGAUCAAUUGGGAUUCACAUACCAUUGAUAUCUGCUAAAGUUUGUAUCACGCUGAGUUCAUCAUUUGUAUGGUUAAAAAGCUUUCACUUUGGACAAAAGCAUCUGCCAAAUAAUUUUCUCUGCCAAAAGCAUUUCUACUAGCGACAGUGAAAUGUAUCAUAUUACUCACAUUUCCACUGGUCACUUUAUAGUGCCUGCUGUCAAAUGUCUAGUGCCUGUUGUCAUAUUUCCAGUGCCUUUGUCAUAUUUCCAGUGCCUUUGUCAUAUUUUCAGUGCCUACUGUCAUAUUUCCAGUGCCUAUUGUCAUAUUUCCAGUGCCUGCUGUUAUGUUUCCAAUGGGUCUGUUUCCACGGUGCUAUUGGCCACAGGAGUUGUAGGUGCAUUCACCAAUCAGAGACAGUUAUUUCACUGGAAUCUUGUACACAUAUCUCAGUUCAGUUUCUGUAGUACAUUUCAGAGAUAAUCUUUAACAUCAGUGCUUGUACAUUGCUUCGCUGUUCUGAUAAUGUAAAAUAAAUAGAAUACUCUCUAUAGGUC